AUGGCUAGUAACGAUGAAUAUGAAAUUGCUCUGAUCGACAAUGAAAUAGAUGCUCGUUUAUGCGCUAAACUAAUUGCAGAAGAAUUCGCUUUACACAAUCCUUUGAUGGCUUGUAAUCGAGUCACAGGUGAGCAACUGUUUGAGCAACGGCAUUGGCCAUUAAUGAUCAAUGUACUCGAUGAAAAAUUGUCAUUUCUGAUACGACAUCGUCCAACGAAUGAAAUUAUUGCAGCUGUUAUAGCCAAUGAUCUAUUUUUAUAUUGUAAAAAAUAUCCAUAUGAUGAUUCCAGUCCUGCAUCUCAAUAUCCAACGAGAGAUAUACUUUCAGAAAUGGUUGAUCAAUUUGUCCAUCAUGAUUUCAAUCAAGAAUUAAAACCGAAUAUGGUUCUAUUUAUUAUAGCUGGUGCAACACGACCCAAGCAUACAGGUAAAAAUUUAGCCGCUCAAUUACGCACUCAUAUUUGCAAUUAUGCACGAGAUAUAAAAGGUUUUCAAUAUGCAUUUAUACAAACAUGUAAUCCAGCAACACGUCAUAUCUACAUUAAAAAAAUGAAUGGAAAAGAAACGAGGAUUGUUGAUCCGGCAACUUGGGUAUGGAAGAAGAAAAAUAAUGGUUUAUUUUGUCCACUUAAAGAUUAUAAUGAUGAACCAGUUGUCAAUAUUCUUGUCGACUUGAUCGAAAAAAAAUAA